ACCAGCUGUCAGAUUCCUGUGGGUAUGACUCACUGAGCGGAAUCAGAUUGCUUACAUCGACUCCGUACUUGGAGCCCACUGUGGGGCAAGGACUAUACUGGUCAGUGUAUGAAUAUCAUGGAUGAAUAUGCAUAUUUGCGUGCGUGUUUGGGGGUGUUGCGCCACAAAACCACAACAAAAGAUAACUCCGUUUGAAAAAUCAGCAACAGAAAGCUUGGGAAAUGCACAAGAAAGGAAACUAUUGAUCCCAUAGCUGCAGGUAUGGAAAUAUAGGCCAUAGAAUAAUAUAGCCUACUUAGUGCGAGUGUUGUUCCUGCUGAAGGGUGUGUCUCUGUAAUGUGUGUGUAUACGCAGUAAAAGAGGAGGUCUUCUUCUUCUUCUUCAGGCAAACAGAACCGACUGUUCUGCUCAGCGCUGCCAAGCUACCUCAUCCGCGAACAGCUUUCUGUAUAUCUACAUUAAAUCACGUAUAUUCCGUAUUCUAGACCGAUUUAUGUUUUCUACGACUUCUUUUCCAAGCUGCACUGCGGAAAUCACACGGGACUAUCCAACUGCUUCAAACCAGAAGUACCAGCCACAGGAAUCAGCUGCUGUGUGUGUUUAAACAGCAGUUUAAUUGCCUUUUUUUAGUUUGUUUGUGUGGAGCUCUACAAGUUCUUCUCAGUUCAACAAUGUAUCAAGUCGUAAGGAAGCUGUUUUUUACGGACUGCCAGUGUGCUGAAGAUGCGUCGAAAACGUACGAGGAUCUGUUCGCCAAGCUGGACACCAACAAGGAUGGAAAGGUGGAUGUGUCCGAGCUGAAGGCAGGCCUGGAUGCUAUGGGCAUCACAACUGGGAAAGGAGCAGCUCAGAAAAUAGUUUCCUCUGGAGACCAAGACAAAGAUGAUGGGCUCGACUUCAACGAGUUCUCAAAGUAUCUAAAGGAGCAUGAGAAGAAGUUACGACUGACCUUCAAGAGCUUGGACAAAAACAGUGAUGGUCAAGUGGACUUCAUGGAGAUAAAGCAGUCCCUUGCUGAUCUGGGACUGGACAUCAGCAAAGAGGAGGCACAGAAGAUCCUUCAAAGCAUCGAUGUGGACGGCACCAUGACUGUGGACUGGAAUGAAUGGAGGGAGCAUUUCCUGUUUAACCCAGCCACUAACCUGCAGGAGAUUAUCCGCUACUGGAAGCACUCCACGGUGCUGGACAUUGGUGACAGCCUCGCCAUCCCAGAUGAGUUCACAGAGGAGGAGAAGACGACAGGUAUAUGGUGGAAGCAGCUGUCAGCGGGGGCCAUGGCAGGCGCUGUGUCCCGUACAGGAACCGCCCCGCUAGACAGGAUGAAGGUGUUCAUGCAGGUGCAUUCCUCCAAGAGCAACAAAAUCAGCCUGGUUGGUGGUUUUAAGCAAAUGUUAAAAGAAGGAGGCUUGAUGUCUCUGUGGAGAGGAAAUGGUAUCAACGUACUGAAGAUUGCCCCUGAGACUGCCAUUAAAUUUAUGGCUUAUGAGAAGUUUAAGAAGCUGCUAUCCAGUGAACCAGGGAAGGUCAAGACCCACGAGAGAUUCAUGGCUGGAUCGCUGGCUGGAGCCACAGCACAAACUGCCAUCUACCCCAUGGAGGUGAUGAAAACCCGUCUGACCCUGAGGAAGACCGGACAGUACUCAGGAAUGUUUGACUGUGCCAAGAAAAUCCUGAAGAAGGAGGGAGUGAAGGCAUUUUACAAAGGCUACAUUCCCAAUAUUCUGGGCAUCAUCCCCUACGCUGGCAUAGAUCUGGCCGUGUACGAGAGCUUGAAGAACCUCUGGUUGUCCCACUACGCCAAAGACACAGCCAACCCCGGUAUUGUGGUGCUACUUGGCUGUGGUACCAUGUCCAGCACGUGUGGCCAGCUGGCUAGCUACCCCCUGGCUCUGAUUCGUACCAGGAUGCAGGCACAAGCUUCUUUAGAGGGCUCAGAGCAGCUGCCCAUGACCCAGAUGGUGAAGAAGAUUCUGGAAAAGGAAGGCUUCUUUGGACUUUACCGUGGCAUCUUGCCCAAUUUCAUGAAGGUCAUACCUGCUGUCAGCAUCAGCUAUGUGGUAUAUGAGUACAUGCGGUCUGGCUUGGGUAUUCAAAAGUAGGCAGCAGAGUCAUCUGUGACUGUGAGUCCGUGAGAGUGUAAGAGGAUGCGCAGUGAUGUUUUUCAAACUGUCAUGUAAAGAACUUGUUUACCUGUAGGUCUCCAGUCUGGACUCAAACUGCUGCAGAUGGAGUCAUUGUGGAAGUUUCUAAAGUGAUUGUAGGACUUCGGCUAAACUGUUGAGUCAUUAUAAAAAAGAAAUUGUUUACAAAAUCCUGCAAUACUCACAGAGGGCUGAUAAUGAUUAAUAAGACUUCUACAAUGUUUCCAACAGUAUGUUGUUUGUCCAACCUAUGUUAAUGCACCCACAGAUUUAAAGUAUUUAAACAUUAUUACCCAAAUCAACAAUGAAACAAAAAAAUGUAUUGAAAUCAAAAUGAACUUCUCCAAGUGUUUUUGGUUUUCAAGUUCUUAAUAAUCACCUCUUUGGUUGAUUAAACUGAAAGUCAGCUGACCCAAGCUGGGCCCUAAGACUGACAAAAGGUAAUUCCGGUAUUUUUAAACCUGAGCCCUGUUUGUACAUAUUUUGGGGUCUAAAUGACUAAUAGGUACAAAAAGUUUUAGAAUUGGUCCAGUAUAUCACCUCGGCUGACAGCCACGAAACAGGUUGCAAUGACGGCAACGUAAUCCCUGGGGGCAAUUGCGCCUGUCAAAAGUAUGUCCACUAAAAGGGUUUUUGCCACUGACAGGCUCAGAUUGUUAUUCUAAGUGUCUGACAACAUUAUAGAAAGGAUCCCCACAGAGAUAGACCUUUUUUUUUAAAGAGUAAGAUGACUUAUUGACUCAAGUUUCCACUGUCGUCUUCCUGCAAAAACUCACCUCUCGCGACAUUUCAGAGCGAGACUUCUGUUUCUGGUUAAACAAAAAGGAUCUUACUCUUUAACAAGCUGAGGUGAUAUACUGGACUAAUUCCAAAACUUUUUGUACCUAUUAGUCAUUUAGACCCCAAAAUAUGUACAAACAGGGCUCAGGUUUAAAAAUACCGGAAUUACCCUUUGUCAGUUUUAGGGCCCAGCUUGGGUCAGCUGACUUUCAGUUUAAUCAACCAAAGAGGUGAUUAUUAAGAACUUAAAAUCCAAAAACACUUGGAGAGGUUAAUUUUGGGUAGAAAUGUCAAUGUUUUUACAUCAGUCAUUUUAAGUAUGGGUCCUGUUAUGUCACUGCACCAGAUAUAUGUCAUAUGUUCCUCUAAUAUUGGACCAAAAGGCACCUUAUUUUAUUAAUCUAAAAAGUGGAACACUUGCUGAUGUGGAAUAACACUUUAUUUCUUAAUUUCUUUUACCAUCUUUAUCAAAAAUAGACAGACCAAAAGAGAAUUCACAUCUUUCAUUCAUUUACAGAGACUUGUCAAGCUUUAUAGAGUUUCCCAAAAUAUUGUGUAAGAUGUCCUUUGUGAGUGGGGAGUUGUUUGCAAUACUGUAUUUACUCUUUGGUGAUUCACAUUCUGGUAUGUUUGAGACAGGUGUGUCCUUCAGUGUUGUUGGUUCCACAAAGGUCUCUCUUAUAUAGGACAUCAACAUUGCACCUUUUCAGAGAGUUUGGUGAACAGAGGAGUAAUGUGCCUUAUGUGUUUGUUCUCAUAUCUGUGAACUUCUCCACCCUCCAUUUUUUUCUUGCCUUUCUUUCCAAUAUUUGGUCAAUUAGAUGCUGGUGUUUACAUUAAUAAAAACAUUUGAAUACAAAA